AUGAAAACAGACCGCCUCCUCGUGAUGUGCCUAUUCAGCCUCCCGUUGCUAAUUACGCUAGAGGUGACAGACAUCCACAGCGCAGUCUUGCUCCGCAGUACGUUCCAAAGCCGGGCCCAGUGCCAUUUCGUGAAAGAGUUCCUUCGAAUCUCACUGACUUAUCUGACUCGGUAUUCGAAGAGCAGUGCGUUCGUUGUGGGGUCCCUCGCCCAGCGAGUUCGGGCUCUGACCCUAGGCGUGCAUACGCUUUGGAUUCUCGUCGCGAAUUUCGCCCAGCAGUACGCUCUAGCACAUCCUCAAGUGUCAAAGAAAGAGAGCGAGAAAGUCCUCAAAGCAAAUGCCUCAUUCAACUCACUGUUCAUGAAGCUCGCGGACUUCCACCUGUACGGGAUGAAAGAAAUCGUGUUGUUUCUCCGAACGCAUAUGUUUCCGUACUGGGGAGAGACGGUGAACUUCGUUCAUCGAUUUGUGAACGUUCUCGCCGUCCUUUAUGGAAUUGGACGGCGCGAUUUUACAUUUGUGGAGAAAGACGAAACAUAA